AUGUUGGAAAUUGGGUUGGUUCUUGUAGCAUUGUUUGUCAUUUAUUACACUCAUUUGCUUAUCAAAUGGAAAUACCCAAAAAUUAAUGGAGUUCGAGUUCAGUUGCCUCCUGGUUCUAUGGGUCUACCUAUCAUCGGAGAGACCAUUCAGUUGCUUAUUCCAAGCUAUAACUCUAUAGAUAUCCACCCAUUCGUCAGAAAACGAAUCCAAAGGCAUGGACCUAUUUUUCGGACUCAUUUGGUUGGAAGACCGAUCAUAGUCUCAGCCGACCCUGAAGUCAACAAGUACAUAUUUUCUCAGGAAGGAAAUUUAGUGGAGAUGUGGUAUUUGGACUCAUUUGCCAAGUUAUUUGCAUUUGAAGGUGAAUCCAAGGUUACUGCUAUUGGUCGCGUCCACAGAUACUUGAGAGGCAUUACUCUGAAUCACUUUGGUGGUGAGAGCCUUAGGGAAAAGAUGCUUCCUCAAAUUGAAGCCACAGUUAAAAAUAACUUGUGCAAAUGGUCCACUCAGAGAUCUGUUGACGUUAAAUCAGCUAUUUCACGGAUGAUUUUCAACUUCACUGCGAAGGCUGCAUUUGGCUAUGACGUUGAAAACUCGACGGGGGAGAAAAUUGAAAACUUGCCCAAUUUCAUUAAAAGCCUCAUGUCUUUUCCCUUGAAUAUUCCUGGCACUACGUUUCACAAGUGUAUGAAGGACAAAGAGAAGAUGUCAAACAUGGUGAGGCAUAUAAUGAAGGAGAGAUUUAAUUCUCCGGAUACACGUCCAGGAGAUUUUCUUGAUCAAGCUAUUAAUGAUAUGGCAUCAGAGAAGUUCUUGACAGAGGAUUUUAUUGCCGAACUCGCUUUUGGGAUUUUGUUUGCUGCCUUUGAAUCUGUGUCCACAACGCUAACGCUAGCUAUCAAGUUUCUAGCGGAAAACCCUCUAGUAUUAGAAGAGUUGACGGCAGAAAAUGAGGCAGUUCUAAAGAAAAGAGAGAAUCCAAAUUCCUCACUGACAUGGGAAGAAUACAAAACAAUGACUUUUACACAAAGCGUUAUUAGCGAAACUCUUAGAUUGAUGAAUAUUCCACCUGGUUUGUUGCGAAAGGCUUUGAAAGAUAUUAAUGUGAAAGGAUACACAAUUCCGGCUGGCUGGACUAUAAUGCUUGUUACGCCUAUUGUUCACUUAAAUCCUGAAACAUACAAGGAUCCUUUGAAGUUCAAUCCAUGGCGCUGGAAGAGACUAACCUUAAAAGACACGAAGCUUGAUGAAGGAAGACUGGAAGAGGAUUGGAGCUUGGAACGUGGAGGAUCGGAAGUACGGAAAUUUGGAAGAGGAGUGGACUUACCGUCACCUGGAGUGGAGAGUGAAGAACAAGAGAAGAAGAGUGAGACUUUAAGAGUGCGAGAGAAUAAUAUUUGCCGUCAAGGACCAGUUGACGUCAAACAAGUUAUUUCUUUUGUGAGUACACCAUUUUCCGUCGAUACACAAGACCGAGAGAAGAUGUUGAAAAUGUUGAAGGAUACCCUGAUGGAGAGACUCGCCGAUCCAUCAAAGCGUCGGGGAGGUUUUCUUGAUCAAGCCAUUGAUGAUAUGAAGACAGAGAAGUUCUUGACAGUUGUCAAUGAAACGCUUAGAAUUUCCAACGUUUCAACUGGUAUAUUCCGAAAAGUGUUGAAAGAUUUUAAAUUCAAAGCUGGCUGGACAGUAAUACUGGCUACCCCUGCUAUUCAGUUGAAUCCAGAAACAUUCAAGGAUCCACUCACAUUCAAUCCAUGUCGUUGGAAGGACCUUGAUCAAGUAACUAUUUACAAGAAUUUCAUGCCAUUCGGUGGCGACACGAGACAAUGUUCCGGAGCAGAGUACAGCAAACUGACGGUUGUUAACGAGAAUAUUUCUCCUGGUUUGUUGCGAAAGGUUUUAAAAGAUAUUAACGUGAAAGGAUACACAAUUCCGGCUGGCUGGACUAUAAUGCUUGUUACGCCUAUUGUUCACUCAAAUCCUGAAACAUACAAGGAUCCUUUGAAGUUCAAUCCAUGGCGCUGGAAGGACCUCGACCAAGUAACUCUUUCCAAGCCUUUCAUGCCAUUUGGUGGAGGUACGAGACAAUGUGCUGGGGCAGAAUUCAGUAAAGUGUACAUGGCGUCCUUUCUCCGUGUCCUGGUCACCGAAUAUAACUUUGAUUUUUCUAUUACUAAUGGUGAUUUCAUAGACGACCAUGGGGAAAAAUAUAAGAUGCUUAUGCAUAUGGUUAUGUAUCCAAACAAUAGCAAUAACUGA